GUUUAUCAUGACAGCGAGGAAGGUCAGAGAUACAUACAGUUUUAUAAGCUAGGGGAUUUCCCCUAUGUUUCCAUCUUAGACCCACGGACAGGUCAGAAGCUAGUAGAGUGGCACCAAUUGGAUGUAUCUUCUUUCUUGGACCAAGUAACAGGGUUUCUAGGUGAACAUGGGCAACUGGAUGGACUUUCUAGCAGCCCUCCCAAAAAAUGUGCCCGAUCAUUUCCCUUCUGAAAACUCCCCAUCCGCCUGCCUCCACGAGUGUGCACUCCUACCCCAACGCCCUGGCAUUCCCCUACUCUGGAGCACCAAACUGUCACAGGACCAAGGGCCUCUCCUCCCACUGAUGCCAGGCAACAUGGAGAGCCUCAUAGAUGCCAGUGAAGACAGCCAACUGGAAGCUGCCAUCAGAGCCUCCUUGCAAGAGACACAUUUCGACUCAGCACAGGCAAAACAGGAUAGCCGCUCAGAUGAAGAGUCUGAAUCGGAACUUUUUUCUGGCAGUGAGGAAUUCAUAUCGGUUUGUGGCUCUGAUGAAGAAGAGGAGGUAGAGAAUCUUGCUAAGUCCAGAAAGUCUCCUCAUAAAGAUUUGGGGCAUAGAAAAGAGGAGAACAGAAGGCCACUGACAGAGCCCCCAGCCAGAACUGAGCCUGGCACAGCCACAAACCAUCAAGGAUUGCCAGCCAUGGAUUCUGAGGUCUUGGAGAUGUCACCUGAAAAGUCAGAUGGAAUAGUGGAGGGGAUAGAUGUAAAUGGACCAAAAGCACAGCUGAUGCUGCGGUACCCAGAUGGAAAAAGGGAACAGAUUACUCUUCCAGAGCAAGCUAAAUUACUGGCUCUGGUGAAGCAUGUCCAGUCUAAAGGAUAUCCAAAUGAACGUUUUGAACUUCUCACCAACUUCCCUCGGAGGAAGCUCUCUCAUCUGGACUAUGACAUUACCUUACAAGAGGCUGGCCUCUGUCCUCAAGAGACUGUCUUUGUACAGGAAAGAAAUUAACACCAUGGCCUGACCUCUCUCAGCUUACCCCCUUUUCUCUCUUCCUGUGAGAUACCAUGUCACUUAAGUAUGCAUUUUGGCUCAUAGGACUAUAGAGCCAAAGCUGGGCAAGCAAGUCACCUGCCUUUUCUCUAUCUCUUUCUGUCACUUGUAAAUCAUUCUCCUUCCCUUAUCUCUGUCUUCUUUCUUCCUUUCUCACUUUGUUCUUUCUUACCAAAUGUGGUGACCAAAUGGAAGUGUAAGAAUAAGGAUAGCAUCUCUCCUAGUGCUGGCAGCACCAAAUGUGGCUCUAAUCAGUGGUCUCUUGCAUGACACCUUUUGGGGACCUAGUGUUAUUACUUCUAGACUCUGUUGACAAAGAAUGGCUAGAAUCAGAAUUAAAACGGCCCCCAUUUUUGGUAGGAAAAGGAAAUUCUUUUAACAUGAAGUUUGUUCAUCAUGUAGGAAGAUGUCAUGAUGAAAUACCCAGGCUUUUGUUCAUGUGGGAAAAGCAUCCUUUAUACUGUUGGUCAUCAUACUUAAAAUUUCUCUGAAGGUUUCCCAUCUUCUAGUUACAAGCUGUUUCCAUGAUGUGUGUUUUGGCAGAAUCAGUGCUCAGUGUAUUGUGUGUAGCACAGGGUGGUUUUCAAUGUCCUAGCCUGCAACACUUUCCUUUAUUAAUACUCUAUCACUUAUCUUCCUCUUUUCACUCCUAGGAUGAAACUUUAGUAAGCAUCUUGUGUCUGGACUAGGAAGGUGCUUGCUGGUUUUGCCUGCACAGCAAAUUAGUUCCUUUGCUCCAUUGUCUGACGUAUUCUGUAGGAAGGCAGGUGUUCAAUAAUCAUGUAGUACGAUGGCUUUGUAAUUGUAACCACUGUGGUUAUUGAUCGUCCUAUGUGCUUAAGGCAUACUUGGGUGUGUCCCAGCGUUCAGUGGGGUGGGAGGUGGGGACAAAAGCCUGCAGCUGAGAGUUGCUAACGAUGUUCUUUUGGUUAGAAAUAGUGAUUUGUUUUUACCCCCAAUUGGAAUAAUAUCUAAAAUGUUUAAUAACUAAUUGGCUUUAAUUCCUCAUGCUGUUUUAUUUUAGAAAAUAUCAAAACUCAGUCUCUGAGAGGAAGACCUUCAAACUUGGUCCAUACGACAGCAGUUAGUAAGAGAGAGAUUACUGGUAAUCGUCAGAUGUGAGUUUUUUUUUUCUGCCAACAGAAGUCACAUUCAAAUUGUAUUUGGUGAAAGCUUUUCAGUGUUACUUAGAAGAGGCCACCUGAGCCUACGUAGUACUAUUCCUCAGCUUCACUCCAUGCUCGGUUCUUUCCUUGAGCUUUAAGUAGAGUUCUCUAGCAGGGCGGGCAGAGUGAUUUGGUGGGAAAAUCAGAACCAUGUCUGUAGAAUGACCUGUCUCAUCAGUUGAAGAUCCGGAGGAUUCUUGAACCUGUACACAAUCCAAAUUGUGAUUACUCAGGAAUCUUUAGAUUCCUGUGUACCUGCACACCUCUCUCUUGGCAACUAGGGAUUAAAAAGAUAAGCUAAAAGAUGUGGUGUGUUGCUAGUAUGCAAUUAUAGAAUGUGGUUAUUAAUGGUUGGAUUUUGAGGGACCUCCCUAAAGAAUGGGUUAUGUAUCUCCAAAGGAAAUCAUGGAAAAUUCUGUUAUUUUUCAGUGAGUCCUUUUGAAUUAAUGUUCUUACUUUUUUUCUAAGUCUGUGUAAGUGCUUAUGUAUAAGUAUAUAAUUGUAUAAAUAUUUAUAAAUAUAUUUAUAUAAUUACAAUUUCAUUUAUACCUUGA